AUGCAGAAGAUGUACUUUCAGAUUGAUAGAGUGCUAAAUAAUAAUACUGGUGGCUUUGGUGAUGAUUAUAUUGGUUGCAUCGUACUAGCUCUAAAUCCAGGAAGUAUCAAAGUAUCAUGUACUGUGUAUUGUGUAGACAUACCAGAGUCAUACAUGUUAAAUCAAUCUGUAAAAUAUAUCAAGGAUGAUAUACUUAGAAGUGGGAAUCAAAUGCUAGGGGGAUUUCAGAUUUUAUUGGGCAGUUUUGAAAUCGUUCAAGUGUCAACUAUACAUUUACAAGAACCACCAGAACUUCAGAAACUAUUUACAUCAACUACCAACUCAAAGGUUACAACAACAGCCCACACAACAGCUGAUAAAUUGUCUACCUUUACGUCAAAGCUUGUAACAUCGCAAAACGUAAACAUAAGCUCUUUACCAGAUAUAAGUACCACAUCACUUGCUGUCACAACCCCAUCAAAUGACACAUCAUCCCAAAUGUCUUCCAUUACUUCUAAAAUUACAUAUCCCACUGAGGAAACAAAUAGAACAAUGACAACAACUAUUGAAAGUUUUGUGACGCCAGCACAAUCAACCAGUGUCCGGUCAAGUUCGACGCCUAAUGAAUCGUCAGAAAACGUCCAACCAACGGUUUCCAGUAUAACAUCUACGACAGUAGGUGCAAAUGUUGUUUCUAACGAUACAACAGCACCUGAAAAAGAUAUGACCACAGCGGAGGAAAUAACAACACAAGCAGGUGUUUCAAAUGUUACAUCAGAUGGCACAAUUCCGGCUCAAACAACAGAACCAUCCUUACAAGUAAACGGUAACUGGGGAAGCUGGUCUUUCUGGGCUGGGUGUGCAGAAACAUGUGGUGCAUCUCUUCGACAGAGAACUAGACUGUGUAAUGAUCCAAACCCAAUAAAUGGUGGAAAACCAUGCCAAGGAAAUAGUACUGAAUAUAAAUCAUGCGUUCUUGAAAACUGUCCAGUUGAUGGUAUGUGGACACAAUGGUCUCCAUGGAGUGCAUGCAAUGUUACAUGUGGCGGAGGACUAAAAUAUAAACAAAGAACAUGUACAAAUCCAGCACCAAAAUUUGGAGGAGAGAAAUGUGCUGGGGAAGAAACUAUGUUUGAUUCAUGCAGUGAAAUGUCAUGUCCAAUCGAUGGAAUGUGGUCACAAUGGAGUUUGUGGUCCUCAUGUGAUGUCACUUGUGGUAAUGGAAGUAUGCUUCGAUCAAGAAGUUGUUCACCUCUUCAAUUUGAAGGAAAAGACUGUGAAGGAAAUACAACUGAUAUUGGAUUGUGUGAAAACCCACCAUGUCCUAUCAAUGGUAAUUGGUCUACUUGGUUGACAUGGGGAGAAUGCAGUUUAACUUGUGGAGAUGGUGGUAUUCGACAACGAAAUAGAACGUGUAGUGAUCCAGUUCCUCUGUUUGGUGGUAAUGAAUGCGACGGGGACGGUACAACUAUUGGUCCAUGUCAAGACAAUCCAUGCCCUAUACAGGGAGGCUGGGGCGAUUGGACUCCAUGGGAGAAAUGUAGUAAGACAUGUGGAAGUGGAACAAAAAGCAGAUCACGAGACUGUAGCGAUCCUCUUCCUCAACACGGAGGCAACUUCUGCGACGGAUUUCCAAAGGAGUAUACAGGAUGUGAAGAGGAGAAAUGUAAAGUUUUAGGAUAUUGGUCUCCAUGGGGUACUUGGGACGUUUGUAGCGUGACGUGUGGUGAAGGAGUCAGUUUUAAACGGAGAAUCUGCUUUGGCCAAAGUGUUAAUGAUGAUGAACAGGUUAUAUGUAUAGGAGAUGAAAGCGAAAAUAAAACUUGCCAGGAAGAUCCUUGCCCAGUUGAUGGUGGUUGGUCAAACUGGAAUGAAUGGGAUAAGUGCAGUCUACCUUGCGGAGGAGGAAUUCAAACAAGAAAUCGUAGUUGUAAUGAUCCGCUCCCACAGCACGGGGGAGAGCUUUGUGACGGUAACGAAAAUGAACAUCUGCAGUGCAAUAACCACAACUGUCCAGGUGGCAGUUGUACAGACGCAACAGCAUAUUUAUACGACGAUACAAUUAGUAUAGCAUGUAUCAUCACUGGAAUGUUGAAUCCUAUGUCAAUUAUUAUUACGAGAAACGGACAAAACAUAGCAGGAAUCAACGAAAACAGAGAAGUCCAAUAUCUACUAUCAUCAACUGAUUUUAGUAUAGUUAUUAAACAGGCCGAAAAUAUAACUUUAUCCUUGUUGUUUGAAAAUGUCACAUGUGAAGACGAUGGCUUUUAUGUAGUGCAUGUAAACAGUACAGCCUUUUAUGGGGUCAAUAUCACUGGAUCUCUUUUGAUUAUAGACAAACCAACCGUUCCUGUAUUCUAUGUGAAUCCUAAUCAGUUUGCCAGACUAUCAUAUAGACAAUCUGACUUUGAACAUCAAUGUUCCGGAAAUAUUGGGAAACCAACUGGAGAACUAACAAUAGAAAUGAAACUGAAUAACUCGGAGUUUUCAAGAGUUCCACCUACGGAUCUAGUUGUUGUACAGAAUUCUCGUUAUACAAAAGGAUGCAGUAAUUUUCAGAUGUUGAGAUUUACUAUGAAUUUUACAUCAUAUAUGAAUGAAGCAGUUAUGAGAUGUCGCGUGCAAAACGACUUCAUUCUUGGAGGGGAAAUAAUUGGUUCGGAAGUAGAUUUAUCAACUUUCCCAAAAGACAAAUGUACUGAUGUUUCUGUCCAUAUACAACACGAAGCAACGAUGACAUGCACUUUAAACAGAACAAAAGAAUAUGAAGAGAUAAUGAUUGUCAAAAUCAAAGAUAGUGUCAACAUAAAUAUAUCAAGGAUUAGUAAAACCGGAAAUAUAGCAUACCUCCAAGACUAUUUAAACAUAAAAAUACAUGUUAUUACGAAUUCUGUUAUUUCUAUUGAUUUUUUAAACACCACUUGUGAUGAUGAAGGAGACUAUAUGUUGAUUAUAAGUAAUGGAACAACGGUUACAGCCACGGUGACAGGAUCAUUGCAGCCGAUAAGUGAUCCAGAGAAGCCUACUUUAUUCUUAAACCCUGCCGUUGUUGUCGAGUCCGGCUCUUAUAAUGAAGCUCAUCAUUGCUACGGAAAUGUUGGAUACCCACCGGGGGAACUUCGUAUCGAUGUUUUAAUAGAUUUGACCGGAAAAGUUGAUAAACAGUAUUACCAAAUACCGGAUGAAUUCGUUUCCAGAUUGAAUGACAUUAGAACUAAUCAGGAUUGUCAUGGAUUCCAAAAUCUUACAUUCUUACUAAACGUAGAUGGUCAGCAAAAUAAUCAAACUUUGAGAUGCAGAGUAGAAAAUAAAUAUCAAUCUGAAGUAGAUCCUUAUGCAGAUGUUCAUGUCCUUACAAUUAUCCCAAAAGACAUAUGCAAGUGCAAUACUAUACAAUCCGGUAUACGUCGCGGACAUCCUGGGCGAUGUGAUUAUUAUGUUGAAUGUGUUAAUAUGACAGUUCCAGUGGGAAAACAAUGUCAGGCAAACCAAUGCAGAAAUAGUUCAACAGGAAUCUGUUCAGAUGACUGUUCUGAGAAUGUAUGCAAGGAAACAGUUCCUGCAGAUUUUUGUGGUGCUGUAACCAUACCAUCUAUAGAUAUGACUACUACCGUUAGUCCAACUGUGUCACCAAUAGAGUGCACGAAUACAUCGAUUUUCUUGAAUACUGGUCCCGCAACAAUACUGUGCUAUUUGAAUAGAAUAACUUUUAAUUCAAUAACUAUCAAUAGAGCUUCAGAGACCGAGGAAACAAAAACAUUAGGAUUCAUCAGCAGUGAUGGUUCUGUCAGCAUGCUGCCAAUAGAGGAACAAUUCAAUAUAACAAUAGACUUUGACGGCACCAAAUUAACCAUUACAAUGAUGGUAGCGACUUGUGGUUCAGAGGGACCUUACACUGUUGUUGUUGAUACAAGUGACCAAAUAUAUACUACAAAUGGUCAUUUAAUAAUCUUACGCAAGCCAUCAAAUCCAAACUUAGAAAUGAAUAAAGAUCAGGUGAUAAAUCUGGGAUAUUACAGACCAGGAUUUGAACACGUAUGCAGUGGUGACGUCGGUGAACCUCCCAGAAAUCUAAUUAUAGAAAUACAGCACACUGGGUCGACGUCUUUCGAACCGUUACAAGAUCAAUUCAUAAAAAUCAUAUUCACAAAGAUUCAACGAGAACAUUGCUAUAACAAUACAAUGACAGUCCUGUUUGGCAUGCUGUUUUCUCCUGAAAUGAUCAAUAGUAAAAUACGGUGUCUUGUGAAUGAUUCCGUUUCUUUGGGAAACAAUGAAAUUUUUGCAGACACAGAAGAUUUACACCUUAUUCCAGAAGAUAUCUGCAAUUGCAAUACCAAAGAUAGUGCAAAAAAGGGACACCCAACAGUUUGUGACGUUUUUGUGCAGUGUACUAAUUUCACAGUACCUCAAGGAUUACCAUGUCCAUCUCUUAACUGUAGAAAUAGUGUGACGGGUGAAUGUAGUACUGACUGUUCUGUAAAAACAUGUAGUGAACCAGUUCCACAAGAUUUUUGCAAAUAGGAAGCAAGGAAACAGUAAUCACAGGUUCAAGAAGAAAUAUCUCAGGUUUCAAAUGAAAAUUUAGUCUGUGGAUACAGUUUCCUACAACCAUUCAGACUAUCCUGUGGAUAUAGCCUCAUAGUUCAUAUCGGAACAUUUAGAGGAUUAUUUUAAGUGUUCCAUCAAAAAGAUUUACGUGUUCCAUCAAAUAGAUUUGCUUGUAAACAAAAUGUGUUGUUCAUUAAACAUUCACAUCAAACCCAUCUUGGUUAUCCAGACGAAGUUCAAGCUUGAUCGGAAUAAUGAAUAAUGAAUUAUAUGUUCAUAUGGUUUUUUUUUUCGAAAACUAUUUGAUGUUGUUGAUUCAUGUAUAUUCAUAUUAAUUUCUCAUUAACAGACUGAACAAUUAAGAAAUUCGCCCACGUCGUUCAUUGUAAUUUGAAUGUUAUAAAAUAUAAAUGAUUAUUGUAUUGAUUGUACAUAUUUCAAUUUCAUUUUUAUUAAAUUUAGUAGAAACUCUCAAAUAGCUUUG